UCACUUUUCAAGCCUCAUCGUAGCUGAAGCUCCAGUUUGCCCUGUAACUUGAAUAACUACGCUAGAGCACUUUUAAGUCAAGGUACCCCUGUACUUACUUUAUAUAGUGUGAAUUACUUGCACGAAUCCUUUCCCAGCAUGGGGUGGAAUUCCAUGUGAGAUUUUUCCCACCCCUUUCCAACUCAGCAACUCUUAAAACUGCUGAUUUGAGCAAUGCGACUGUGAAGCGGAGCGCAAUGUCAUAUGUCAACGCUCAAUAUUGGUUAAUGGUGAAAAGGUACAACAAGUAGAAAAAAGUCUAUAACCUUUAUCUCCUUAACGAGACAACAUUAAUUUUGAACUCAAGGUCUGGCAAAAAGCAAGCUGAUUUAUGGCCUGCCUUUAACUUCCCUGGAAUUAGUCUAAUUACCCGGAGGACGGCAAGCGGCUUGUCACUGCACAGGAAGCCCAUUGUGCGCCGGCUUCAUUCAUCACACCCAGAUGAUUGGAUGAUGUGCUGCAGGCCUUCUGGGGGAAAGCUGCAGGCUGAAUCGUUCAAUGGUUUGUUGAAUGUUCCGUUGUUCUUACUGCAAUUCUAAGAUAGCAUUAGCAUUGUAAACAAGCCGACGCACCGCGGUGGCAUGUUUGUUAUCAUUACUCACGAAACAUUUGAUGUCGGACUUUGUUUUCAGAAUGUACAAUAAUUUAAAAAUCACAAAGGGGUGACAAACAUACGCGUGAAGCUGGAAUGUUGCAAAUACCUUUGCUAAUCAUUUUUAACAGAUCACGUCACUCAUACUAUUGUGAAGUAAUACUUACAGUUUUAUCAUAUAUAGAAAAUUUGAAAAAAUAAUGGCACUUAUCUUGCCCAUGAAGAAGGAGGCUAUGUAAAGUGUUGUAACUUUUAUAAAGGGUGUUGUUUUGGUACAUAAUCUGGAAUAUAGCACUGGUUCACUCUACUUUGUGCUCUGUUGUGGUAUUUGUCUUCCUAUUAAAGACAGCCAACAAAUAGAUUAGAAACUGUGAUCAAUAAUGUGCUGACAAGGCCUGCGACGAAGUCAUACAGUUGUAAAGUAAAGAGUUAGGGCAGGUCACAUUAUCUCUUUGUCGCGGUAAUGAUUGAAAAAUCAGCCUGUAAUUGCUGAUAGGCUGUAAUGUUUCAGUAAACUUCUGUUGGCGGCAAGCUUUAUUGACACGUAACUCUUGGAUAAACCGCUGCUUUGUAGGGUCGGCGUGUCGCUUUGAACGAAUGGUGUUCUCACGGUGUGAAGGGUGUGUGCGGGUAGACGGAGUUGUGCACACAGUUCAAAAGGGCAUGUGUGAAAGUGGAACAAAAGGAUGUAAUGAGGGAUUUAGGCUGUCAAAAUGAAGCUCCCGGUGAAAAGGUGCAAAGCCAUGUUUGAUGAUGAUGAUGAUGAAUGUUUCUUAGUGCACCGUGGCUGAUUGACCUCUGAGAGGGAUCACGACUAAAUCGUUUUACUAUCAUUUAGAACCAAUUUUAGCUUUUUGACACUAGAUUCAAGCUGAGGUGGGAGACAUACUCACAAUCUACUGAAAUAGAAGUAGAGAUACUUGUGUAAAAGAAAAAUACCCUAAAAAAGUGCAUAAGACUCACAUAACCCUACUACGAUCCUAUAUUUUAAUGAUGGUCAUCUAUUUUUUUACAUGUAUUAGUUGAUGUAAAAGGUUUGAGAACUGCACCUGCAAUCCUGAUCAGCCAUUGGGACCGGCAUUUGUUUGGAAAUACAAGUGACACUGAAGGCAGACGUACCUUCCUACAUAGCCUCCGAUUCAAUUUAAUUCGGGGGCUGCUGUCAACAGGCCCGGGUGAAGGAUGUCACCCUGCCCUGGCCAUUUAAAUGACUUUGUAAUGAAAAAAGCAAGCCAACGAGGCUUUGGGGAGGAAGACAUUGUGAGGUGCACUAAAUUCUUUGGAGCAAAUUACCAGUGUUUGAGCAGCAGGGAGGUAAUCUGCUGAUAGGGGGCAGAGGGCGGGAGAUGGGAGGCCUCAAUGGCAAAAAGGCGUGGAGGGGGAAGGGGCGGACGUGCUCCAAGCUUCAAUUUUCUGGAGGUCAACUCCACUCAUGACUUGUGACAGAUAGAAGAAACAUAGAACCUCAGAUGAAUUGACUUCAAUAGUGUUCAUCUUCCACACUCACAUUGUAUGUUAAGGGUCAAUUUUUACCUAGGUCAAUAUUAAAUGAAGAAAAGCAGAUUUCCUUUUUAAAAUCCACGAUUUGGCGGUUACUUAUACAUACUGCACAGUGGACAUGCAUUGCAAACAAUAUGUGCAUGCUCUCUUGUGACUUUGACAUUUUGGAAAUUUAUAGUUUACUGCAAAAUCUGACUAUUUCCGCUUUUUAUUUGUACAAUCGUCUUUCUUUUUCAGUCAAAUGCCAAGCAGGAGAUAUGACAGUUAAUAGCAAAUAGUUACAAAAUUCAUUUUUAACAGAUGUUCCUCCUCCUUAAUGUUUUUCUGUUGAAAAUGACAUGAGUUCACAUUAAGUAUAGGGCUAAUUAACUUAUCGCCUAUUGCGUCAAGUUAUUAUGCUUUUAUAUGGUUUGUGUGCAAUUCGAGGUCAUAAACUUUAAUGGCAUCUUUGAUGGCCGUGAGAAUGAAGCAAGCUGUUCAUAUGAAUGAUUUAAAUACUGCAGAUGGUGUACUUUCUUCGCUGCAUCCUCCAAUCAGCAUUAUUUUGAGGUUAGAAUAAUUGCGUCACCAUGAGUUAAUUUGAUAAGUACUGCCUGUGUUAAUAUAAAAAUCACUUUUUUAUUACAUUUUGUUUCAAUUGCUUAGGGGGUUAGGAAGAUCGAUAAAUGACGGAUGGCUGGAUAUUUAAUGAUUUAUUAUUUGUUUAUUUAUUAUUUGUGUAUUUAUUUAUUUAUUAUUCCUUCAUUCAUGUGUCUUUAAAAUGCAAACUUCUGGCAAAAGCGCAACAAAAAAAAAAAAAAAAUCCUCACACGUCCUGAAUUUUGUAACCAUUUUCAAGUUUGAUUGAGAAGGAGAUGGAGAACAUGACAAGAAAAGCACAGGGAAUUAUAAUAAGUGUUGGUUAUUUUAGUGCAGAAUAGUAGAGCGUCAGUGUCGUUCAAAACUAAGCGUUAUUUUAUUAAAGGCCGUUAUUGCCUAUAAUAACUUUGCGGUCAGUUAGUGCGCAAUCUAAGGGUGGAGAUUCAGCGCAAAUUAUAUACAGGGCGCAACAAUCGACUAAUCUUCUAAUGUAGCCCUCCAAGCUUUGAUGCAGUUGAAGGUGUUUGCAGGCGGACAUUACCUCACUCGCAAAGCUUUGCAGUGGGGUUGGGGGGGGAGAAACGAGCGGGUAAUUAGCUGAUUAGAGGCCCGUCAGAGCCAAUCCCGGCCGGCCUCCACCUUGGCCUGCAGGGGCGGGUGGACGGAUUGACGGAUGAAUGGGGAGAGAGUGGGUGGGAGUGUGUGCACUGUGGAGUUUAGGUUGAAGACAGCCACUAUCCCAGUCGGCACACCUAAUCAGAUCAAUCUGCACGAGCAUAGAGGACAAAAUAAUCUUCAAACAGGAGUUAGGGCAACGUGACCUAUGCGUGCGUCAAAUUGCAUUCAAAGUCCAGUGGGUGAGUACGCUGCUCAGGUGUGCACCCUCUAAACUUGUUGGCUUCUUUCCAUUCCAACUCGUCAUGGAAAAAUCGAAAAACUUCCGCAUCGACGCCCUCCUGGCGGACGAGCCCAACCGGGCCAUCCGAGAUGUGUCCCCGGGCUUGAGUUGCGAUAGUCCGGCGGGCAGCCCCGUGUCCUGCCGCCGCGGGGACACGCCGUCCCCUCGGGCCGCCGCGCAGCUCCACACGUCAGGAAUUCUAUCAAAAGCGAGUGUUCUCAAUCUCACGCACCCGGGACUGGCUUCUAUGCCCCAGGCUGCCAUCCCGGGCAUGUACCCGGCACCCAUGUACCCGUUGUCGGCGCUGGGCAGCCAGCAUCCUGCCUUCGCCUACACCGGUUUUACGCAGCUGACUCACGCCUACCCGGAGCACCUGAAGGCAGCGGCGGCCAUGGCGGGCUCGAUGCCUCUGGAGCACUGGAUCCGGGCAGGGAUUAUGAUGCCAAGACUGCCAGAUUACAGCGGUCCCCAGUCUGGUCUGUUGGGAAAGUGCCGAAGGCCUCGCACGGCCUUCACUAGUCAGCAGCUGCUGGAGUUGGAGAACCAGUUCAAACUCAACAAGUACCUGUCCAGACCAAAACGCUUCGAAGUGGCCACCUCUCUAAUGCUGACAGAAACGCAGGUCAAGAUCUGGUUCCAAAACCGGAGAAUGAAGUGGAAGCGGAGUCGGAAGGCCAAGGAACAGGCCGGUGCUUCCGUCCAGUCAGAAAGCGGUGGAAAAACAUCCCGCAACAAACCCGGUGAGAAAAGGCCUCAGCAUGGCAAUCCAGAGGACGGCGCUGUGGAUCUACUUUUAGAAGAUGGCGAUGAGGAAGAGGAGGAAGACGAAGAGGAGGAGGAAGACGAUGAAGAGGACGGUUUUUCGGUGGUUAUGGGCAACCGAGUCGGGAUGCCGAGAUCCAUGGACUUCUUGCAGCGCAGCGCCGAUGUGGGCUUCAACCCCCACAGCCCUUUCACUGAAGACCAACUGGAGGGAGUGCAAACAGGAGGAGGAGAACGGAAAAUGGUGGCGGGACUGUGAGAAGUGUUUGAUUCCUGGGACAGUCACUUGAAGGUAACGUCCACAAUUGUGAACCACCCGAACAUUUGUCGUUAACGUCUACUAUUUAUUUUCCAUCCCCACAUGUCAAAGUAGGCCUCAGAAUAUCCUCUUCAUGAUUGUCUGUAUAACAAAAUAUGAGCCCCAGAUCUUUUCACGCUAUCUUACCAGCCAGUCAUAUUAAUGAAUGGAUGACAAAUCCUUAAAAAAUGUUUCAGAGAAAAGGGAAAAUGUAAUUUAUUUUCACUGUCCCCGUGAUUGCCCUGUGACCUUUCGAAAACAAAUCAGGUGCAUGGAACUUUUGAAAGUGUGGACACAGACAGUUCCAAAAACUGUUUCCACCUCUCCAUCAUCCCACUUGAUUCAUAGAAAUAUCUGCAUAUGUACAUGCAUAUCUGCAUAUGGUACUCAACAUGUCAUCAUUACUGCCACACUUUCAAAUCAUCUUGUCUCCUCCAGCCACCUUCUUAACUCACGGCCAGGACCAUGCAGCUAUUGUAAGCUAACAAGCGAUGCAUAAAAGUGGCCACAAAGAUACUGCAAGACUGACUGUCCGACAGUGAUGCAACUCCCACACCACACACACAGAUGCAUCUUAUCAUUUUCAAUGUGAUGUUACACUUUGAUCUGUUUCCUUCCAAAGCGUUUGCCAUUUUUGUGUGGAAAUGGAUUUAAUUUAUUCAAUUUGUUAUAUACGUAUAAAAUAGAAUCAUAAUGUAUUUAUCUGACCCUUGUUUGUGGUUAUACCAAUAUUUAAAAAAAAGAACUUGUUUGACGUGUUGAUAAUAUCACUUGACUUGACUGAGCCAUUGUCAAGGGGACAGAAAUGUGAUUGGACUUCAAUUAUGUAUGGUCGUUUACUUUUUAUGAACUCUGUAAAUUGCUUCCUAUCCUUUCUGUGGCCAUUAUGUGUUCAUCAAAAGAUCUGCAUUACAGCUCAUUUUGAUGUUGUAUAAAAUAGAAUCUACUGAGUGGCGAUACUUUAGCUCCGUAUGCAUGUUUGUAUUGUGUAAGCAGGUCAAUUGGGUUCUUUGAAGUCCAGCAUUUGUGAGAAAACUCAGGAAAUAAAGUUGAUCAGUUGAUCACAUUUCAAUUGAA